AUGACCCCGUUGUCUGGUGCAUUCUUUCUCUCCUUGCUCUUGUGCAUAGUAGUACACUGUGCAGAAAUCCAUACGCCUCUUGAUUGCCAGGGCCGCAGCGAGCACGCAGCAGCUUGCGCCCAGCCCGCAGACAGCAUUGUUGCAAUAGCACCCGGCCUAUCCUAUCUAGUCAGUAUUGCAUGCCACGACUGUCCUUAUGUGAAAUCCUCGUGGACUGCCGACCAUAAGCCCCUGAGGACGGAUCAGAUACUGGCUGCCAUGUGCAUGCAGUUGCUCAAUCUUACUCUUGCUGCCGACAACCGCACAAUCUUGCUCAACGAUGAAACUGUGUAUCCUCUUCCAACGAUCCCAACGCCCCCACAGUUCUGGGUUACUCAACGUCCACACCCGUUCUCCAAUGCGAACCUCACUUCUGGCCUUGCCUGCCCGGACCCGUACUGCAAGGGUGACGACACACACUCCGUAUGCAAGGCAUGGUGUACCGACCUCCGUCUCUCUUCUCUACAAAUCGACUAUCUCUACACCGUCGAACCGAGCCAACAUGGCGGCGCGGACCACAGUCCAACACGAUACUGGGAGGUCACCAUGGAAGUAAUUGGCGGAAAAGCUGGGACGGGGUUCCCGCAUUGGAAGUUCGACAAGGCAGCGCAACAGUCGCUCUGGUUUCUUGUCCGAGGAACACCGGUCCAACGAGGCAAAGCUGGUGGGCCCAAGGACAGUGGCGGCGCAAGCGAUUUGUUUGGCGCAGGCAGCAAAGAAAGCAGCGUAUACGAAUACAGAAUUGUCAAUCUUCGGCUGGGGCCAGGGACGUACAAGUUUCCCUCAGAGAAGCCUCUCACUAUCUGGCAAACCAUGGGCCGAUUUUUGGGUGCCGAUGUUUGGCAAGAGGAAGGUAAACGAUUCCUUUACCUCGAUGAAGAUUGGGGUGACUAUGGCAAAACGGGCACUCUGCGAAACUCGUUCGGCAGAUUCAUACACUGGAACGGGUGGUUUAUAUUCUGGUACAUCUUUCUUAGCAGUAUUGCGGCCUUAGUGCUCGUCAUCGGUGGCUACAGACUGUAUUUCUGGGCUCAACAGCAGAAACAGCUCAUGUUCUGGGAUGGCAUGGACAACGUCUGGGACAGACUCAGACAUGAGCCUCAAGCUGAUGAAGGGGCUUCACUACUGCCAGGCGCUUAUCAGGACGAGCCGGGCAGUAGUAGCAGCUCAGCACCGUCCAGAUACACGGAUGAGCCCCUUUCUAUGAAACCUUUGCCGAAGGCCUCUCUCGCCGCAUACGGCGAUAGCCGGCAUCGGUCCGACUGGGUUGAAAAUGUGCGGGGACCGAAGGCCAGCAAAACCGGAGCAACCAUCACGAAACGAACUGCAUUCAGGUAUACUUCAAUCAAUUGA